AUGCAAGAUAUACAAUAUCUAGACAGUAUGAGUAAAGUUCCCGCAUGGAAAAGGCUUGGUCUUCAGGUCAAAGACGAAGUUUCUGAAGAUCCGUUGGCCACCACAACACAUUUAGAACAUGACAAUGUCACCAACAAGAUAGCGAAAAGCUUGAAUCGAAAAAGACGGUUAGAGGAACAAAAAGAUGGGGCUAAAAAACCGCCCAAGCGAGUCAAGGUUCCCAAAAGCGAAAGGAAACCUCCGCCAGAAAAGGACCAGUUGGCCUAUUUGCGCCAGUACGCUGAAGAUAAAGAUAACUGGAAGUUCAGCAAGCAAAAGCAAAACUGGCUACUAAAGAAUAUCGAGUCGAUUCCGCAAAACUACGAAGCUCCUCUUAUAUUAUACGUCGAAGGAAUCCAAGGCGGGGCACGUGCUCGCUUGGUGGAGCAAUUGAAGCAAGUGGUGGAGAAAUGGAAUGCUGUUGCACAAGCUGUUGAAGAUCGUGUGAAUGCGCAGUUGUACGGAACAGGAGAGGAGAAGAAGGACGAGAACGAAACAAAGGAAGAAAAGGAAGAGACCAAAGAAGAAUCAGGACCACUGAAGGAAUAUGCCAUAAGAUGUAAUAAGUUAUUGGCCGCAAUCUCUGAAGAGGAAAUUGUUCUUAAAGGUGUGGAGGAGCAAGAAAAGGAAGAAGACAAACAAGAAGAAAAGGAAGAGGAUAAAGAAGAAAAGCAAGAAGAGGAGGACGAACAAGAAGAAAUUGCUGAAGAAAAUCAGACUGAUCCUUCUAAAGAAGAGGUGGUUGAUGCAGAGGAUGCAGAAGACAAUUUGGUGAUCGAUGAGGUUGAAGUGGAAGAGUACGAGUUUAGCUCAGAAGAAGAAAAGGUGAAAGAAGAGAACGACAAGAAGGAAAAGAAGAACGACAGCAAGAAAGAGAAGAAGGACAAGAAAGACAAGAAAGAGAAGAAGGAUAAAAAAGAUAAGAAAGAAAAGAAAGACAAGAAGGAAAAGAAAGACAAGAAGGGGAAAAAAGACAAGAAAGACGAGUAA